AUGGCACCUAUUCCUGGCGUCAGCGGUGAGCAGAGCGAAUUCGGCACUGCGAGCUAUGAGCAAUGGAGGCAACAAUACGCCACAUCCAGCCAUGAAACUGACCACGACAUGCAUCCUGGCCAUAUCAUUCGCGCCUUGAACACCAAGGAUAUCAAAGCCGUCAUCGCGUACGCCAAGCAAAAUGGCAAGGCGAUAGCCAUACGCAGUGGCGGCCAUCAGUAUAGCGGUGCUUCGUCUACAGGCCAAUCUAACAUUCAGUUGGACCUUCGAAACACUUUCAAGGUCCCAGGAGAGGAUUUGUCCCUCAUACACCAAGGCGAUGAGACUCAAGUUCGGACCAGUGUCAGCUGGAGCUUGCUUGAGAUUAAUUCUUUCUUGGGCGCCAACCAUCUAUUCGUUCCGCACGGGCAGUGCCAGUCUGUCUGCAUUGGUGGUCAUGCUCAGACUGGAGGCUAUGGCCAGCUGGGUCGUAGUUUUGGACUGAUGGGAGACCACAUUGUCAAACUUGAGUUUAUCGAUCACGACGGCGUCGAGAGAAAGAUUGCCCCAGCAAGCCACCCCGAGGAGUUCUUCGCUUGGACUGGUGGUAGUCCUGGAAAUUUGGGAGUCCUGACUCACAUCACUCUCAAAGUCUACCGAGAUGCAGACUAUCAAGGAUCUCGAGGUCUCAAGGGUCUUCACAUCUACACGCCCGAGGCUCUUCAAAAGCUUCUACAGGUCUUGGCCGAGAUGAACGAUGACGAAGAGUUUCCUCGUAACUAUGAUCUGUGCAUCACAGUAAUCAGCGAGGACUAUCCUCUUGAUGGCAUCUUUGACCUCAAACGACUUACCAAACAAAGGACCGGGCUUUGCAGACUUGACGGAGCUUCACUCUUGCCCCUGAUUGUCAUCUAUGCACAGUGGGUGCCAUUCAAGAGCACCGACAAACCGGAUGAGACGUGGUUCGACAAGCUCAAAGACGGCGCCGUUGUCAAUGAUGACCGCGUCAGGCCCAUGUCAGAACUGACAGCGGAAUGGAUCUUCCGCAAGGAUCGUGAAUACAAUCUCCCCUAUGUGAAGCGCACAUAUGCGACCACAGCCACGAACCUGAGCAAGAACGGCUGGGUAGACUGGACCGCUGGACGCAUAGAUGAGGUGGUCAAGUCUACGGGAAACUACAUCGCUGCUCAAAUACAGCCUUACGGUGGGAAGUAUGCCCGUUUUAGGGUCAACGAUGAUGGACGAAGCGCAUACAGCUGGCGGGAUUCCACGAUGGUCUUGGGUCUCGACAACUUCUACGUUCCUGGAAACGGCAAUAAAGAAGACGCAGAGGCAUGGGCAGCUGUCAAUGAACACCAGGGCAUUGGCAUGAAUAAAUACUUCAGUACGCAAGAUCGACGCGUUCUCUGGGGAUCAUGGGGCAGCUAUAACCUUCACAGCGUUUGGCCAUGCUACUAUGAGACUGAGGCAAAGUACAAGAAGCUCCAGAGAGCUAGAAAGGCGGCUGAUCCAUAUGGGGUCUUUACCCCCAACUCUUUUUCUGUCUUGCGCGCUGAUUAG